AUGACAUAUGAGUGUGAGGAAGACAGGGACGACACAACGAUACAAGGCAAAGAAACCAGGAACUGCUUGAUUUUGGCUUCAACUUUCCUGGCGGCAUGCACAGCGUUCAAUGCCCUUCAGAACCUUCAAAGCAGCCUCAACGAGAAGCAUGACCUUGGUGUUUUGUCAAUGAGUGCGGUGUAUGGUGCGUUCGUGUUCUCAGGAACGUAUGGCAAUGUGACAACACAGGCUGUCUGUGGAGCUGCCUAUUGUCCAUUGUCCACAAAUGGAACUACCAUUCUGACUCCGGAUGAGGGAGUGGUUCAUAUAAUGCUUGGCGUCUUUGUGGCAUGUGAUAUACUAGCUCUUGUCAUCACCGUGUGUUUUCUCUCACCCUUACCAAAGAGUGCCUGGAUUUCGGAAGCCAGUUUGAAAGACUCGCUGUCUUCCUUCUUUGUGACUGUGUUUACUACGAAGUUCAUCUUUCUUGUUCCUAUGCUGCUGUACAUCGCUGUGGCGGUAUCAUUCCUCUUUGGAGAUUACACAAGGUCGUACAUCAGCUGCCCCAUUGGGAUCCACAUGGUCGGGUUUGUCAUGGCGGCCUACGGGGCUGUAAAUGCAUUUGGAACCUUCGUGUCUAGUCGAGUAGCUAAGUACACUGGACGCCAUGUGUUAAUUGCGACGGCGGCGCUGAUACAUGCUGCUGUCUUUACUACACUAUACCUCUGGACGCCAAACGAGACGGAUACAAAAUAUAUAAUCCUGUUGCCUCUCGGCUGGGCAAUUGCUGAUAGUAUUAUCCUGCCACAGAUAAUAUCAUUGGUUGCUCUGUAUUUCCCAGAAAAGAAGGAACCGGCGUUUGCUAACGCCCACACAUGGUUAGCCCUUGGCUCGACGUUAACGUUCGCUCUGAGCAGCAUCUUAUGUGUUUAUGUCAAACUGUACACCAUGUUCGCCCUGUUGGUGACCGGUAUUGGGAUGUAUAUAGUGGCAGAGAUACUUUACAAAAUGGAAACAAAGAAAAACAUGAGAAUAAACGAAUAAAAUGGAUGAAUAGUAUACUCAUAUUAACAAAGUGUUUUUAGUGUAAAUCAUCCUCGAUAAUCUCCAGGGUAUACGUUACGAUCACUCUCCACUGUACCCUGGAUGCAUCCACGGCUUGACCCGAUAAUUUUAUUACCUCCCUUUGCUGGCUUUUUAUCCAAUCAGGUGUCUACGCUGGGGAGUUGAGCGAACGGGUCACAGCUCACUUUCGCUUCUUAAAGUAUCUAACCGUUUAAACUUAGCAACACAAUUGAUGAAGAGGUACUCUGAAAGAGGUAGAAGGAGUUCUUUCAUAUAUUAUUUUAAAGUUUUUGUCAAUUUGUCUG